UCAAAUCAUUAUCACGAGUCAGAAAAUAACGGAUAUUAUGAUACUUUACGGUCUUCAGUCUCUUCCUGUCCUAUCUAUGUCGCUUGCUUGAUGGUUACUGAAGUUAGAAAUAAAUUGAACGCGUGUUAGUAUAUCUAUUUUUGAACGCUCACCCUAGAACAAAAUCAUGACCGCACAUACUGAUCGUGGCUAAGGUAGACCUGACGUUCUUUUUUUUCAUCUCUUUUCACGGCGCGACGUACCAAGCACUGAUAUUCCAACACGCGCGUGUACUACUGACACCCUGAACGAAAGUGAAGUUUCGUCCCAUUAUCAAAAACGUGAACUCAAAGAGCAAAUUGAGAAUUCUUCUAAUUACAAUUUGUUACAAUGACCAAUCAAUUUUAAAAGAUUUCUUAAUAAAAUUUUCCCAAGGCUUACAAUGGGUACACGCCAAAUGCGUGUAGAAAUUCUUCUUUUUAUCUUCACGAUUCUGGGAUCAUUUUCAUUCGGAAAUGCAGCCUCCGCACAUAUACACUCUCAUCAGCACAACAAACAGAGCAGCAAUGAAAGAACAGAGGAUGGUGCAUUUAGUCCACGAGACAUGGACCAUUACGCCGGAGGAGAACAUCAUCAGGAGUUUGAUCAUGAAGCUAUUUUAGGAAGCGUAAAGGAGGCAGAAGAAUUUGAUAAACUUCCAACAAAAGAAUCAAAACGACGUUUAGCAAUUUUAUUGACAAAGAUGGAUUUGAACAAUGAUAAAUUUAUUGAGAGAAACGAACUGAAGGCUUGGAUUCUGCGUUCUUUUAGCAUGCUUUCUGCUGAGGAAUCUCAAGAUCGAUUAGAGGAUGCCGACACAGAUGAAGAUGGUAAAGUCAGUUGGAAUGAAAUUCUUCAAGAUACAUAUGGCACUGAUCCAGAAGAUUUAGCAGUGGAUGACAAACUUAUCACUGACGACAAGCAAACCUUUCAAGCUGCUGAUAUAAACAAAGAUGGUUAUCUUGAUACAGAAGAAUUUAAAGCUUAUACACAUCCCGAAGAAACACCAAGAAUGUUUCCACUCCUAUUGAAGCAAGCUCUGGAUGACAAAGAUACAAAUAAAGAUGGGUCUAUUAGCUUUCAAGAAUUUAUUGGAAAUAGAGCUAAAGCUGAAGAUAAAGAGUGGUUGUUAAUAGAAAAAGAUAAAUUCGAUUAUGAACAUGAUAAAAAUGGAGAUGGAAGAUUGGAUUCUGAUGAAAUACUUUCUUGGCUUGUGCCUAGUAACGAGGAAAUUGCAAGCGAUGAAGUCGAUCAUCUAUUCGCUGCAUCUGACGACGAUCACGAUAAUAGAUUGUCGUUUGAUGAAAUUUUAGACCACCACGAUGCUUUUGUUGGUAGUGAAGCUACAGAUUAUGGAGAUCAUUUACAAGACAUUGAGCGUUUCACGGACGAACUUUGAAAAUCGAUUGCUAAAUGCAUUAGCAAAAUUUUACUUCCUUUCGUAAUAGCUGUCAAAAACUUACAUGACUGAAAAUAUUUUUAAUAAUUCUUAAUGCUAUGCUUUCAGCUCUUAUAUGUUUUAGUAUUCCCAUUUAUACUGCAUUUAGAAUACAUUCAUAUUAACACUGGUACAACAUCAUUUACAAUUGCACGAACUUGUUACAGAUACUCAACAAAUAGUUUCACAAACCACAGUCUUCCAAUUUUUACAAAAGUUUAGUGCCAUAUAAAGCAUAUUAUACAAAUGUUAGCACUUUAAUAUUUAUGUUAUAAAAGUUAGUAUUGUUUAUAAGAGUUACCAAAAUUAUACUAUCUCAUUUUUAUUAUUUAUUACGUAAAAUGAUCGCUUAUACGUGCAUGCAUUGAUGUCAUUUUCUUUUCGUGAACUUACAAACAUAAGUGAAAGUGAGGUAUAAGAAUUUAGAAAAAUAGUAAUUUAAAGUGUUAGAUUUUACUAAUUAUUACUGAAUAUUUACACAUACGUAUGUGUGUAUAUUAUCAUAUAUAUAAAUUAUUCAUUCAGUUCCAUUCAUGAAUCAUUUUCAUCAGAAACUAUGUGUAUCAGAAUAUGUAAAAUGAUUUAUGUUGUUAAAUAUUCAUAAAUACUCUUUGAUGCAGUUUUGUCUACUUUUCAUAUUAUGUCACGAAUGAUAUGUAAUGAAAUUUUUUUAAUAAAAAGUACACUACAUCUAA